UUUUAAAUUUUCUAAAUUUUUAGUCCACCGGAAAUGAAGACCCAAACGAGGUGCUACUGGAUUCGGAAAUGGAAAAAGUUUUCGCCGGUCCAACAACACAAAAAGAGAAAUUUGAUGUAACUACAUUUCAAGAUUCGAGUAUUCCCAUCGGUUCUUUUAAACAAAAAAAUAUUCGUCGUAAUACCCAAGGUGAUCUUAAUAUUGAAGAAGACUCAGAAUAUGAAAGUCAAAACGAUCCUGUGAAUCAACAAAAUUACGAUGACAUUCCAGAAGAUUGUCCAUUAGUUUCUGAACGUGCAGGACAUGGAGAUCAUUCAGAUAAUUCUGCUGACGAAAAACAUGUGCAGUUUGGUCAAAAGAAGGCCGUUGUUACCCCACCUAGUUUAGGUUAUGAUGAUCAACCUAACGAUAAUAUACACGAGAGAAAACGUCGAAAAAGCCGUCAUCAGUAUUAUAGACAACGCAAAUUUUCACAUCAAGAAAGCGUGGAUAGCAAAAAACCAACCGAAGAAAACGGCGAUGCCGGAGUACGGAAGGUAUCUGUGCAACCUGAAGAUACCACGUUGGAGGAGGCUGAUCUCAACGAGUUGAGGUCGCAUCGUUCAGAUGAUCCACGUGCUUUGCGGCGACACAAAAUUCAUCACAAUUCCAUUAAAUUGCGUGAAUUACCACAAAUCAGUGUCGCUGCUUUACAAACCAAGAAGGCCUUCGAUCAUAGCCCACAUGAGACUUUCGUACAACUCAAUGAACUCACCGGUGUUGCUGAAGAUCGUGAAUGGAAAGAAACAGCACGUUGGAUCAAAUAUGAAGAAGAUGUACAAGAAGGUUCUGAUCGUUGGGGUAAACCACACGUUGCCUCACUCUCAUUUCACUCCUUGCUUAAUUUACGCCGUUGCUUGGAGACUGGUGUUGUAUUACUUGACUUAAAUGAAAAGGACUUGCCCGCUGUUGCUUAUCGUGUUGUAGAGCAGAUGGUUAUAGAUGAAUUGAUUAGCUCAAGUGAUAAGCCGGCGGUGAUGCGUUCUUUGCUUUUAAGGCAUAGACAUGUGAAUGAGUAUCAGAGCGCUUUUCCAUUUACCAAAAGAAAGUACAACAGCUACACCAGUUUACAGUUGCUUUGGAUGGGAAAUGAAUACCAGCAACAAUUACCACAACAGCAACAACAACAAGGGCCAUUUCAACUACACCAACAGCUUCAACAGCAACAACAACUAUUGCAACCGCCACAUCGCAAACUGCGCGCAAGUAAACGUCUUUCUGUUUGCGAAACUUUGAGUGCACCGCCGCCAUCAGUACUGCUUGGUCCAGCGUCUGCAUAUCGCAGACAUUCCACAAUGUCUUAUAUGGGCAACUUAUCGGGCGAUGACAAAAAAAUUAAAAUUAUGCCUGCAAUGGAAAUUGGUGGCAGCAAACGGAGCAACGACUUAAAGAUUGACAUGAAGGAUGAUAUCUACACAUCAUCGCAAGAGGACUUAAAAAAAUUGCAAAAUGAUACAAUAUUAAAGAGAAUACCUGCAGGUGCAGAGGCCACCACUGUACUGGUUGGUCCUGUAGACUUUCUUACACAACCCACAAUCGCGUUUGUGCGUUUGGCCGAAGGUGUGCUCAUGCCAAAUAUUACUGAAGUGCCAGUACCAGUACGUUUCAUGUUUAUAUUACUGGGGCCAGUUACAUUUGACUUAGAUUAUCAUGAAGUUGGUCGUUCAAUUGCUACUUUAAUGGCUAACGAACCAUUUCAUCAUAUAGCAUACAAGGCUGAUGAUCGUAAAGAUUUAUUGUCUGCCAUAAAUGAAUUUUUAGAUGAUUCAAUUGUGUUGCCACCGGGUAAUUGGGAUCGUCAUGAUCUGUUGCCAUUCGAAGAAUUGAAAGCCAAAAAGGAUUGGAUUCGUUCACGUAAAACUAAAGCACUGCAGGUUAAACAAGAACUUAAGGAGAAAGCGCAAGAAGAAUCUAAAAUUCUGAUUGAAAAGAAAAUUAGUGAUGAUGGUGAAAAGAAGAAACCCAACCCACUUGAAAAGACUCAUCGCCUUUGGGGUGGCCUACGUAAUGAUCUCAAACGACGUUUGCCUAUGUAUAAAUCUGAUAUACUCGAUGGUUUAAAUACCGAAACCUUAGCAGCUACAAUAUUCAUGUAUUUCGCUUGCUUAUCAACUGCUAUUACUUUUGGUGGUUUAGUUUCCGACAAAACGCAUAAUUCAAUUGGCAUCUCAGAAACACUUUUGGCUGCAUCAGUUUGCGGUGUCAUCUUCCACUCCAUAGCUGGACAACCACUUGUAAUUAUUGGCACAACUGGUCCUCUAUUAUUGUUCGAUGAAGCUUUAAUGAAUUUCUGUCAAGAAAACGGUUUUAAUUUUCUAACAAUACGCGCAUACAUAGGUAUAUGGUUGGCCAUUAUUGCAAUGGUUGUAUCGGCUUUUGAAGGCAGUGUCUACGUUCGCUUACUAACACGUUUCACACAGGAAAUAUUCUCCGCUCUGAUAACAUUGAUUUAUAUUAUAGAAACUAUAAUGAAAUUAGUUUCCGUAUACAAAAAUAAUCCCUUAUUGGCUGAUUAUAAUUUACCACCACCUACACUAGCUCAUACCGACUUUGAUCAUCUAACAGACUUGGGCAAUGGAACAAUGCACUUUAGCAAUAUGACAGCCCAAACAAUAUCAAACACAAGUUUACCUGUACAACCACCAAAAAUCCCUACUAAUAUGCCCAAUACAGCUUUAUUUUGCACAAUACUCACUUUGGGUACAUUUACUGUUGCUUACUACUUAAAACUAUUCCGUAAUUCUCAUUUCUUGGGACGUAAUGCACGUCGUGCGCUCGGUGACUUUGGUGUACCUAUUGCGAUUGCUUUGUUUGUUGCUAUGGAUUAUUUUAUACCACAGGUAUAUACAGAAAAACUUAGUGUUCCCGAAGGUAUUUCACCAAGUAAUCCAGAACGCACAAGUUGGCUAGUGGAACUGGGAAAUGUACCCACUUGGAUACCAUUUUUAGCUGGUAUACCAGCUUUAUUGGUUUACAUUUUAAUUUUCAUGGAAUCACACAUCUCCGAACUUAUUGUGGAUAAACCAGAUCGCGGCUUAAAGAAGGGCUCUGGACUUCAUUUUGAUAUUGUCUUAUUGUCAUGCUUAAACACUUUUUGCGGAUUCUGUGGAAUGCCUUGGCAUUGUGCGGCUACAGUACGUUCAGUAGCACACGUUUCUGCUUUAACCAUCAUGUCAAGAACUCAUGCUCCUGGUGAAUCUGCACGUAUUAUUGAUGUGAAAGAACAACGUUUAUCCGGUUUCUUUGUGGCUUUAAUGAUUGGGUUAUCCGUAACAAUGGCACCACUAUUACGACUCAUACCAAUGGCAGUACUAUUCGGUGUAUUUCUUUAUAUGGGUAUAGCUUCAAUGAGUGGCGUACAAUUCUUUGAAAGAGUGAGACUCUACUUUGUGCCUGUGAAGCAUUAUCCACCAACGCCGUACGUUAAACGUGUGCCCACAUGGAAGAUGCAUUUAUUCACUACUGUUCAAGUGAUUUGCUUAAGUACACUAUGGGCAGUAAAAUCGUCAAAAAUAUCAUUGGCUUUUCCUUUCUUCUUGAUUUUAAUGGUGCCAAUUAGACAAAGACUAGCUGCUCUAUAUAAACCGGAAGAAAUGGAAGCGUUGGAUGGCAGUGAGAAGAAAUCACAACAAGACGAACCAGAUUUUUAUGAAGAAGCUACAAUACCGGCUUAAACCAUAAGCGAAAAUUGAAACUAUUUAUUCGUAUAUACGUCGAGAAUAUUAAUUAAACAAACUAAAAUUAAAAAUAUAUUAAAUGUCUUAACGAAAGCAAAUAUAAAUAACAAUGUAGAAGUUCACAUUGUUUAACUCCUGAACUUCUUCAA